GAGAGAGAGUCAGAGGUUAGCGAAAGAGACGAAGUUCAGGAGUUUUUGGUGUUAGUUCAGUGGUUUAUUUGUGGACUUGUGGACUUGGUGAGUCUCAGUACUACUGAUUCUGUUUCUCCCUCAAGAGGGAGAAAAUGGGUGAUAAAGACAAAGCAAAUGUGCAGAGUAAGAUUAAUAGUUCCAAUCAGAAGAAGAGCCUUUCUUCUAUCCGCUCUAUAUUCAUGCAUGCAGACCGUAUAGAUAUAUUGCUGAUGUUCCUGGGCUUUCUUGGAGCCAUAGGCGAUGGAUUCAUGACCCCUAUCAUGUUGUUCAUCACUAGCAAUAUCAUGAACAAUUUUGGUACUGCUCCCAAUACAGAUUCUCAUGUCUUCGUCCACAAUAUCAACAAGAAUGCUGUGGAUCUACUCUACUUGGCAGUAGCUUGCUGGUUCGUCUCUUUCUUGGAAGGUUAUUGCUGGACAAGAACAGGGGAAAGACAAGCCACGAGGAUGAGAGCCAGAUAUCUAAAAGCAGUGUUGAGGCAAGAAGUGGGCUACUUUGAUCUGCAGGUUUCAAGCACUGCCGAAGUGAUUACAAGUGUCUCCGGCGAUAGUCUCGUAAUCCAGGACGUUAUUAGUGAAAAGGUGCCAAACUUCUUGAUGAAUGUGGCAAUGUUUAUAGGGAGUUAUGUGGUAGCUUUUCUGCUAAUGUGGAAGCUAGCGCUAGUGGGGUUCCCAUUCGUGGUGGUUCUAGUCAUCCCUGGAAUGAUAUACGGAAGGACUCUUAUGGGUUUAGCGAAGAAGAUCAGAGCAGAGUAUGCUAAGGCAGGUACCAUCGCUGAGCAGGCGAUCUCGUCCAUCAGGACGGUUUACUCGUUCGUGGGAGAAAGCAAAACCAUGGCGGAAUUCUCUGCAGCCCUUCAAGGUUCUAUAAAUUUAGGCCUGAAACAGGGCUUAGCCAAAGGUUUGGCUAUUGGGAGCAGUGGUGUUUCCUUUGCUAUCUGGGCUUUCAUGUCUUGGUAUGGCAGCAGAUUAGUCAUGUACCAUGGUGGGAAAGGUGGAACUGUCUUCGCCGUCGGAGCUUCCAUCACUGUUGGUGGCCUGGCAUUGGGGUCAGCGCUUUCGAACCUGAGGUACUUCUUUGAAGCUUCUUCUGCUGGAGGACGAAUAAUGGAGGUUAUAAAGAGGGUACCUGUAAUUGAUUCAGAUAAUAUGGAAGGUGAAAUUCUGGAGAGCGUAUCAGGGGAUGUUGAAUUGAAAAACGUUGUUUUCGCCUACCCGUCAAGACCCGGUAGCGUAGUUCUCCAAGAAUUCAGCCUUAAAGUACCGGCGGGGAAGACGGUGGCCUUAGUCGGAGGAAGCGGCUCCGGGAAAUCAACUGUUAUAGCUUUACUAGAAAGGUUUUAUGAUCCGCUUGGUGGGGAGAUUCUACUGGACGGAGUGGCCAUUGAUAAGCUUCAGCUCAAAUGGCUCCGCUCUCAAAUGGGCUUAGUCAGUCAAGAACCAGCUCUGUUCGCUACCUCCAUUAAAGAGAACAUACUCUUUGGAAAAGAAGAUGCCACCAUGGACGAGGUUGUUGCAGCGGCCAAAGCUGCAAAUGCGCAUAAUUUCAUAUCUCAAUUGCCUCAAGGAUACGAUACCCAGGUAGGUGAAAGGGGAGUUCAGAUGUCGGGAGGACAAAAACAGAGAAUAGCAAUAGCAAGAGCAAUAAUCAAAGCACCUCGAAUCCUUCUCUUAGAUGAGGCAACAAGCGCGUUAGACUCGGAAUCAGAACGAAUCGUUCAAGAAGCACUGGACAAAGCGGCAGUGGGGCGAACGACAAUUGUGAUCGCCCACCGGCUCUCCACAAUCCGUAAUGCGGAUUUGAUCGCUGUGGUGAAGGAUGGGCGAGUAAUGGAGACCGGGUCACACGACGAGUUGAUCCAGGAAGAGAACGGGUUAUAUACUUCACUCGUCCGACUCCAACAGACGGAGAAGAAAACAGAAGACCUCACCACCAACAGUACCAUAAUGUCGGGGUAUACCUUAUCGUCCAACCUUGGUGACAGGAACAACAAUAGUAGUAGUCGGAGACAGUCAAUGAUCAUGAGUAGGUCAAGCUCAGCAAGGUCAGAGAUCAAUCAAGAAGACAACAGUGGUGAGUCGGCAGAGAAGAGAAGCUUGCCUGUGCCAUCGUUUAGAAGGAUGUUGCUUUUGAAUCUUCCGGAGUGGAAACAAGCGAGCGUAGGAUGUGUGAGUGCGAUACUAUUUGGUGCAGUGCAGCCGGUGUACGCAUAUGUGAUGGGGAGUAUGAUAUCAGUGUACUUUUUGCGUGACCAUAGUGAGAUAAAGAAGAAAACUAUGGAGUAUUCUUUGUUCUUUACGGCAUUGGCGUUGUUCUCUCUUUUGAUCAACAUAAGCCAACAUUACAGCUUUGCUGCCAUGGGUGAGUACUUGACGAAGAGGGUUAGGGAAAGAAUGUUAUCUAAAAUUCUCACUUUCGAGAUUGGGUGGUUCGAUCAGGAUGAGAACUCUACUGGUGCUGUUUGUGCCAGACUCACCAAGGAUGCCAAUGUGGUGAGAUCACUGGUGGGAGAUCGAGUAGCUCUCAUAGUUCAAACAAUCUCAGCCGUAGUCCUUGCCUGCACCAUGGGCCUUGUCAUUACAUGGAGACUCGCCAUCGUCAUGAUCGCCGUCCAACCGUUGAUCAUCGUUUGCUUCUACACUCGUCGUGUCCUACUCAAGAGUAUGUCCAAACAGGCUAUCAAAGCCCAAGACGAGAGUAGCAAGCUUGCCUCCGAAGCCGUUUCCAAUCUCCGGACUGUCACUGCCUUCUCCUCCCAAGCCCGAAUCCUGACUAUGUUGGACCGGACCCAUGAAGGCCCAAGAAGAGAGAGCAUUCGCCAAUCCUGGUUCGCCGGAAUCGGUCUCGGCACGUCUCAAGGCCUCAUGUCUUGCACUUGGGCCCUUGAUUUCUGGUACGGUGGAAGGCUGGUCUCCCAGAACUAUAUUACUUCCAAGGCCCUCUUCCAGACCUUCAUGAUCUUAGUCAGCACCGGUCGUGUCAUCGCCGAUGCCGGAGCCAUGACCACCGAUCUGUCCAAAGGAGCCGAUGCGGUUGGUUCGGUUUUUGCAGUACUUGACCGGGUCACUCACAUUGAACCGGACGACACGGAUGGUCAGAAGCCGGAUAAAUUAACCGGUCGCAUAGAGAUUCGUGACGUUGAGUUUGCCUACCCAUCGAGACCUGAUGUCAUCAUCUUCAGAGGCUUCUCCCUUAACAUCGAAGCAGGGAAAUCGACGGCUCUGGUGGGUCAGAGUGGGUCAGGGAAAUCAACCAUCAUUGGUUUGAUCGAGAGAUUUUACGACCCAUUGAAAGGAACGGUGAAGAUCGACGGAAGAGACGUAAGGUCGUACCAUCUGAGGGCGUUGAGGAAACACAUUGCGUUGGUGAGUCAAGAGCCAGCACUGUUUGCUGGAACGAUAAGAGAGAACAUAGUGUACGGAGCUUCCGGUGACGUGGACGAAUCAGAGAUCGUAGAAGCGGCAAAGGCAGCGAACGCUCAAGAUUUCAUAGCGACACUAAAGGACGGGUACGAUACAUGGUGUGGGGACAGAGGAGUACAGCUAUCGGGUGGGCAGAAACAGAGGAUAGCGAUAGCGAGAGCGAUAUUGAAGGACCCGGCGGUGUUGUUGUUGGACGAAGCGACGAGCGCGUUGGAUAGUCAGUCGGAGAAGGUGGUGCAAGAGGCGUUGGAGAGGGUGAUGGUUGGGAGGACGAGUGUGGUGGUGGCGCAUCGUCUUAGUACCAUACAGAAUUGUCAUCUCAUUGCGGUGUUGGAGAAGGGGAAGGUGGUAGAGAAAGGGACUCAUUCAGCGCUUUUGGCUAAGGGAUCCAAAGGUGCUUACUAUUCACUCGUCAGCCUCCAACGCACGCCUAAUACUACUGCUGCUGCUGCUGCUGUUGAUGCUAACUGA